GCCCGCGAGGCCAAACGCCAGAUCGGCAUCCCCUCAGCCUCCAUGCUCAUCUUCAACCGCAUCAUCGGUACCGGUAUCUUUGCAACUCCCGGCUCCAUCCUCGCCCUGUCAGGCAGCACCGGUCUCGCUCUGUUCCUGUGGGUUGCCGGUAGUCUCAUCGCAUGGGCCGGCACGGCUGUCUACAUGGAAUUCGGCACAGGUCUCCCCAAGAACGGCGGCGAGAAGAAUUACCUGGAAUACGUCUACCGCAAGCCGCGCUUCCUCGUCACGGGCAUGUACACCACCUAUGUCAUCCUCUUGGGUUGGGCGGCUGGUAACUCGGUCGUCUUUGGAGAAUACAUCCUCAACGCCGCGAGGGUCGAGGUUACGGAUUGGAACCAGCGAGGAAUUGCUGUGGCCUGUAUCACAACUGCCUUUUUGAUCCACGGCACCGCGCUGAAAUGGGGUAUUCGACUCCAGAACUUCCUCGGUGUCAUCAAGAUUUGCAUUGUCAUCAUCGUCAUCAUCGCACCGCUGGCCAAUAUCAAGAAGGUCAAGGAGAUUAACUGCCUCCACAACGCCUUCGAGGGCACCACCGGAAGCGCAUAUGGUGUCGUCACUUCUCUGUACAACGUCAUCUGGAGUUUCAUCGGCUACAGCAACGCAAACUACGCCCUCAGCGAGACCAAGAACCCCGCGCGAACCCUCAAGGUCGCUGCGCCCCUGGCUGUCGGCACCGUCACUAUCCUGUACAUGCUGGCCAACGUUUCCUACUUUGCUGGUGUGUCCAAGGCUGAGAUUCUCGAGGCCAAGAGACUUGUUGCCGCUUCACUCUUCCGAAACAUGUUUGGCGAGCGCGCCGAGAGAGCUCUCUCCGUCUUUGUGGCGCUGUCUGCCUUUGGUAACGUCUUGAGUGUCAUCUUCUCUCAGGGUCGUCUCGUCCAGGAGCUCGGCAGAGAGGGUGUCUUGCCCUUCUCUCGACUCUGGGCCAGCAACCGUCCCUUCAACGCUCCCCUGGCUGGUCUGUUUGAGCACUGGCUCAUCACCAUGAUCACCAUCCUUGCACCCCCUGCAGGUGAUGCUUAUAACUUUGUUCUCAACCUCAUCUCAUACCCCCUCGCCAUCAUCAACGUCUUCGUCGCCGGAGCCCUUGUUCACCUCUACCGCAACCGUGCCAGCUGGAACUGGAACCCCCCGAUCAAGGCCACCUACCCAGUCAUCAUCUUCUUCCUUCUCAGCAACAUUUACCUCGUUAUCGCGCCAUUUGUGCCCCCCGAAGACGGCCAGAGUGUUUACGAACACCUCCCUUACUGGAUCCACUGCGUUGUUGGUUUUGGCGUCCUUUUCCUUGGAGCCAUCUACUGGUUGCUCUGGACCAAGAUCAUGCCCUGGGUCGGCAACUAUGAGCUGGUGGAAGAAAUCACCGUGGAUCCGAUUGACGGAUGGGAGAGGUCUACCUUCACCACCAAGAAGAAAUAAAGGGAAGGGCCAUGAGUACAUAAACAGGGCAGUGUUGGUAAUGAGGUUGUGUUGAAAGCGUUUGGAUACCCCAAUAGAUCAAAAUAAUGUUAAUGAAUUUAUCUCUUCUCG